AUGACCCUGGGCUCCCCGGAAAAAUCGGAGGCCUCCCCGACCAAAACGGAGGGAUCGUCAAAUGGAAGGACGCGGAGCGGCAAGCAAAAGGUCUACAAAUGCAAGCAGUGUCCGCAUAUCUCGAUCACAAAGGACGAGCACUGGACCCACGCCCGUACCCAUAUCCCCAGCGACAAGCAGAUGAACUGCCCGCAGUGCAUGUUCGUCACGGAGUACAAACAUCACUUGGAGUACCACAUCCGAAACCACCUCGGCUCCAAGCCGUUCCGCUGCGAGAAGUGCGCCUACAUGUGCGUCAAUAAGAGCAUGCUGAACUCGCAUAUGAAGAGUCACAACAACGUUUAUCAGUUCCGCUGCGCCGACUGCACGUACGCCACCAAGUACUGUCAUUCCCUGAAGCAGCACCUGCGGAAGUACAACCACCGGAAGAGGGCUGAAGAUGGCGAGCCGGCACCGUCGACGCCACAGACGAUCGGCUCCUCUGACUCGGCCUUCCAGCGCCUCUCCGAAAGCGUUGGCCUGAACGGCUUAAACGGGACGCCCAGCGUGGAGAUGAAGCCCCCGCCGAUGACCCCAACGACUCUUGCUCAAAGCCUCGGCCUCAGCCCAUUCCCCCAGCAAUCGCACCUCAACUACCCGAACCCGAACGGGCCGCUGAACAUCUUGUUGAGGCACAACCCGGAAGAGAUGAUCCGCCACAACAUGACCCACCUCAACCUGAACCUGUUGGCCCAGCAGGUCAGCCAGGCGAACAACCAAUUGCCCGUGCUGCCGCCCUUCCUCUCCCAACUGCACAUCCCCACGAUGCCCGCGCCAAUUAAGCCGCCGAAUAGCCAUGAUAGUGGGAUUGAUGUGGUCAAAGAGGAAUCCGAGGGCCAUCUGAGCCCCGAGCGCGGCGAAUCCUCCGGCUGCUCCUCCUCCCCAAUGCAUUCAUCCGAUGGGGAGGAUGCUGGCCAGGGGCGGAUGAGGAAGAAGCGGAAGCUGGAAGAGAUCUCAGCCCGACUAUCCCAGGGCAAGAGCCCGUCGCACAUCAGCAGCGAGGGCAGCCCGGUCAACAAUAAUGAUGAUGAGAGUCUGGUGGCUGAACCGUCAUCCUCGCCGUCGACGGCGCAUUCUGAAGCCCAGCGUACUCCGCCCACGAUGGCGCAUCCGAUGCCCAGAAUGCCGAAUAUGGAGGGCCCGCUCUCGAUUUUCCAGCAGGCGUACUUGGCGCAUCUCAACUCGCAGCUUCAGUUU